AUGCUGUGGUCGAGUGGCGGCGGCUGCUCGUGGCUGUCGCUGGCGCUGGGCGGCCCCGGCGCCGCGCCCGCCGCCUGCGCGCUCGUGUACCUCGUGUCCCCACCCCCGCUCCCACACCGCUCCGCCCGACCCUCACGUCACGCACCGCGCCGGCAGUGCGGACGCGCGGCGCUGCCGUCGCUGCCGGGCGUGCUGCGCACGGCGAGCACCACGGCGCUGCCCUUCGCGGCGGGGGCGCUGACCUCGGCGCUGCUGGGCUCGCCCCCCGCGCCUGCCGCGCCGCCGCCGCGCAGCGUGCACGUGGCGGCACUAGCGCUGCUGUAUGCGGAGUGCUGCGAGCGGCUGUGCGACGCGGAGGCCAUUGUACAUCCCAGCCACGUGAUGGUUGCUCUCGCGCUGGAGGCGGGCGGCGUGCUGGCGUCGGCGGCGGGGUGCUCGCUGUACGCGCGCGCGGGGCUGCUGUCGGCGGCGGAGGCGCGGCUGGUGGCGCGCGUGGCGCUGCCGCGGCGGCUGGAGGCGGGCGGCGCGCUGGGCUGCGCGGCGCGGGGGCUGUGUCGGCUGCCCGGCGUGUUCGUGGCGCCGGCGCAGGCGCUGUUGCUGGCGGUGCUAGCACACGACGACUCGGAGCCGCCCUCUCCUCUACAUGACGCGACCGAUGGAUUUCAAUGAAUUCUAUUUUCCAUAA